UACCCUAACCUUCGAAUUCGUUCAAACAUGGCCGUUCAUCGCGAGUGAGUAGGGAUAACUUAAUCGGCCGUGGAGAGUUCGUUUAGAGGCAAAGGGGCUGGUCCUCUAUUUUUAACACCAAGGAUGCAUAGUCUGAACGGAUGAUACUGAAAUAUCGAUCUGUCCUCCUUUAGAUCUAGCAGACUAUUGCGUAUUUUAAACGGGUCACGUAAACAUACAAAUCUGGGUCAACACUGAGUGAUCCUUGGUUACUGUUAAAGUUAGGAUAGAAGGGAUACGGAUACCUAACAUCUUUCAUGCCGCACAACUACCUCAAGACGAUGGCCGAUGAUAAUGACAUCAUAGGCAGUGCAUCCGAAUUCAUAAAAGACCGGCUGUAUUUUGCAACAUUGCGGACGAAACCCAAAUCCACUGCACAUACCCAUUAUUUUUGUAUUGACGAUGAACUGGUUUAUGAAAAUUUUUAUGCAGAUUUUGGUCCCCUCAAUCUGUCCAUGCUUUACAGAUACUGCUGUAAACUAAAUAAAAAACUUAAGUCUUUUUCAUUGGCAAAGAAAAAGAUAGUCCAUUAUACAAGUUUUGAUGCAAGGAAACGUGCCAAUGCAGCAUUUCUUAUAGCUUCAUAUGCAAUUAUUUAUCUAAAGAAAACACCAGAGGAAGCAUAUAGACCACUGGUGGCAGGGUCCAAUCCACCAUUUUUACCAUUCAGAAAUGGAGUGAAAAAGGAAGAUGACUUAUUUAUGAGGUUAUCAGAGUUUUCUGAUGAUGAACUGGUUUUACAGAAAGUAGAAAAUGGAGACUUCAACUGGAUUUUGCCUGACAAAUUUCUGGCCUUCUGUGGACCUCAUGCCAAAAGCAAGAUUGAAAAUGGCUACCCGCUCCACGCCCCGGAGGCCUACUUCCCCUACUUCAGGAAACGCAACGUAACCACCAUAGUGCGGCUGAACAAGAAAAUCUACGACGCCAGGCGGUUCACAGAUGCAGGUUUUGACCACCAUGAUCUCUUCUUUGUGGAUGGCAGCACCCCUAGUGAUGACAUAGUCAAGAGGUUUUUAGAGAUUGCUGAGAAUGCUGAAGGUGCUAUUGCUGUGCACUGCAAAGCUGGUCUUGGGCGCACAGGCUGUCUCAUAGGCUGUUAUAUCAUGAAGCAUUACAAGUUCACAGCAGCAGAGCUGAUUGGAUGGAUAAGAAUAUGCCGUCCAGGGUCUAUCAUUGGGCCUCAGCAGAACUUCUUGGAAGAGAAGCAAGCCUGGUUGUGGAUGCAGGGGGACCUGUACAGAGCCAGACAAAAAGAGAAGGACAGGCUACGGGACAAGCACAGCGUGUCAAAACUCCUCAGCGGCAUGGAUGACAUCAGGAUACAGGACGCGGCCUACGAGAACAACAGAUACAGCACCAACAAGUACCCCAUGCAUGAGGAUGAUGAGUACUAUGAUGAUGGUGAUGAGUAUGAAGGUCGUCCUGCCACCAGAAGUGGUAAGAUUAUGACCCAGGGGGACCGUCUCAACCAGCUGAAACUCCUACGACAACACCCAAGAUCUGCAACCACAGGGACAUUGGCGCUUGAUGAUGGCAAAGUCCACAAAAGGUCCACCACUCAACCCUUUAGAGUUGUGGCUUCCUCCAAGAGUGCCCAGAGUGUCAUGUCACCCAUGAAAUCAUCCAAGAUCGCCUCCCAUAACCAUGCUCACUCCAGUGCGCCCAGUGUGAAACGUGUCACACGACAUUCCACUUCAUCUUCUGCAGGAACAUCAAGUGUACUUAAGAGGCUACGGGACAAGCACAGCGUGUCAAAACUCCUCAGCGGCAUGGAUGACAUCAGGAUACAGGACGCGGCCUACGAGAACAACAGAUACAGCACCAACAAGUACCCCAUGCAUGAGGAUGAUGAGUACUAUGAUGAUGGUGAUGAGUAUGAAGGUCGUCCUGCCACCAGAAGUGGUAAGAUUAUGACCCAGGGGGACCGUCUCAACCAGCUGAAACUCCUACGACAACACCCAAGAUCUGCAACCACAGGGACAUUGGCGCUUGAUGAUGGCAAAGUCCACAAAAGGUCCACCACUCAACCCUUUAGAGUUGUGGCUUCCUCCAAGAGUGCCCAGAGUGUCAUGUCACCCAUGAAAUCAUCCAAGAUCGCCUCCCAUAACCAUGCUCACUCCAGUGCGCCCAGUGUGAAACGUGUCACACGACAUUCCACUUCAUCUUCUGCAGGAACAUCAAGUGUACUUAAGAGCACUUCUCGGCUUGCAUCAGAAUAUGCCUCUGAUUACCUAAGUUCUAAGGCAAGGGAUCUAAAUGGUCGAGAACCAUAUUACACCAGAUCGAGUGAUAUCUAUAAAAGUACUGGAGAUCAUUCAAACUCAUCUGCAAGUUCUGCAUUGAAAAAUUAUAGGUCUAAUUAUUCCACAUCGCUCAGGUCAUCAUACUCGUCUUACUAG